AUCAUGUUCGUGCUUGUGUUUCUCCUUUCGAAAACUUGAUCAUUCUUCACUGGCAAUAUCAUUUUGGAAUCAGCUGUCCUGGCCUCUGACCAUUGCCGAGUCUCUGCAGAUCAUUCGAGAUGACUUCAAAUUUCGAUGUAGUUCAUCCUGCUGCCGGGCAAGACCAGGGACACCAUGAGCCACGGUACGUCGAAUUCCCCAUUGCGUCGAAUGACGCCACCUGGGAAGAUGGACAACCGGCCCUUAACAAGUAUUCGACAUUUCUCACUCGAGAGCAUGACUUCCCUGGGGCUAAGGCUAUGCUUUAUGCUGCAGGUGUUCCCAACGAGGAAAUGAUGCAGCGGAGUCCUCAGGUCGGUGUCGCAUCAGUAUGGUGGGAAGGAAACCCGUGCAAUAUGUAUCUGCUAGACUUGGGAAAGACCAUCAAGGAAGCCAUCAAGAAGAAGGGGUAUAUCGCCUGGCAGUACAGCACUUUGGGCGUGUCAGACGGUAUUGCCCAAGGCAACGAAGGCAUGAGAUUCUCUCUGCAGUCACGCGAGCUCAUCGCAGACAACAUCGAGACCAUCACCUGUGCGCAGGCUCACGAUGCCACUGUAGCCAUACCCGGGUGCGACAAGAACAUGCCAGGCUGUGUCAUGGCAGUUGCAAGGCACAAUCGUCCAUCAGUCCUUGUCUAUGGAGGCACUGUUGCUGGUGGGUACUGCGAGGUAUUGAAAAAGCCCAUCGACAUUGUCACUUGCUACGAAGCUCAGGGCGCCUACCUGUUCGGUACGCUAGGCUCUUGGUCCGACGACAAGUCUAUCACGCCCGAGGAGAUUCUGUCAUCCAUCGAAAAGGGAGCUGUUCCAGGUCCAGGUGCGUGCGGCGGCAUGUACACUGCGAACAGCUUGGCUACAAUCAUCGAAACUCUCGGAUUAUCUGUCACUGGCUCAUCGAGUACCCCGGCAGCUUCUCCAAUCAAGAUGAGGGAAGCAGUCAAGGUUGCCGACGCCAUUGAAGUCUGCUUGCGUCGCAACAUCCGACCCAGGGACAUCCUCACCAAGGAGUCAUUUGAGAAUGCCCUCGUCAUCACCAUGGCCCUGGGGGGGUCCACAAACUCUGUUUUGCAUACUCUAGCGAUGGCCAGAGCAGCUGAAGUGCCUCUCGACCUUGAAGACUUCCAACGAGUCUCUCGCAAGACGCCAUUCAUCGCGAACCUGAAGCCGAGCGGUAAAUACGUCAUCGAGGACCUCUUCCACGUCGGCGGAGUACCAUCGGUCACCAAGCUUCUCAUUGCAGGAGGUCUCCUUAAUGGAAAGACUCUAACGGUCACUGGGAAAACUCUCGAGGAGAACGUUGCCUCUUGGCCAUCCUUGCCCCUUGAACAGGACAUCAUUCGGCCGCUUUCCAACCCCAUCAAGCCCGCCGGACAUCUCGUUGUACUACAUGGAAAUAUCGCGCCUGGCGGUGCAGUGGCCAAGAUUACAGGGAAAGAGGGACUUCGCUUCGAGGGCGAGGCACGGUGCUUCAAUAAGGAGUCUGAGCUUGUCACCGAGCUCAAUGCUGGUAACAUUCCACGGGACAGGAACAUUGUCCUCGUCGUCCGCUACGAAGGCCCAAAGGGUGGUCCUGGCAUGCCUGAGCAGCUCAAGGCAUCUGCGACUCUGAUCGGUGCCAACCUUAAGAACGUGGCGCUCAUCACCGACGGAAGAUAUUCUGGCGCCAGUCACGGGUUCAUCGUGGGCCACAUUGUCCCCGAGGCAGCUGUCGGCGGGCCCAUCGCCGCCAUCAACGACGGGGAUGUAAUCUCCAUCGAUGCUGAGACGUGUACGAUUAGUAUGAAUGUGGGCGACAAGGAGAUCAAGGAGAGACUGCGUCUGUGGAAGCCCCCUAGGCCUCCUGUGACCAGAGGCACGUUGGCCAAGUAUGCUCAUUUGGUAUCGAGCGCCUCAGAUGGUGCCGUGACCGACUUGUUCUAGAGGGAUUUGUAACAUACAAGCUGUCGUAUGCACUUAGUUUUAUUGUUGACUUUGUCUGAUCGAACUUACUGCUGCU